CUGCCUUCACUAUGAAAGAGAGACAGAGUCGAGGAGAAAGAGAGCGUAGUUUGUUAGUGUGUGAGGUUUAUUUAGCUCAACCGUGUGUGUGUGUGUGAGAGUGUAGGGGGUGGUAAGGGGUUGGCUGACCACCCUGGACAGCCCCUUCCUGACUACAUUGCUGACAGGAAGUAUAGAAAGAAAAGGAGAAAAAGAGACGUGAACUUUUCUGUUUCUCCUUUUUGGUUUUUCUGCUUUUUUUACAAUUUCGCCCACUCCUCAUCUACAAAAAGAAUACUGAAUUCGGAAAAUAGGCUACGGAGAAAAACACAAAGCGAAAGAGUGAAGCAAAACUAUGGAGGACAACUUUUGCUGUAUUCUGCGGCAUUUCGUGAGGGAUUAUUUGUGACGCCAAGGGAAGAAUGUUGAGCGUGAGGAGUGAAUGAUGAAAACAGCUGUUGGGACUCAGAACACGGAGCAUCCUGAGAGGGUGAUCUAAAAAAACAUUCAUCAGAUUCUUCUUCAAGUCCUCAUUAUGCACUAUGCUCUCCCCUGGCCCUUCCACAGCGCCUUCAGGCCUCUCCAAACCCUCUUCCCCAACCAUAUCUACACGUAUUCAGGCAUCCUUCCAUCCACAAACCUCUUCUUCCUUGACUUCUUCUCCAACCUUCCCGUUGGUUGAUAUCUCUGACAACCCAUCCCCUGACCCCGCCUCCCAUCCGCUUUCUGCUUCACCCCCAAUCUCAUGUGUACAACCUUCCUCACCUCAGCUUAACUCCAAACCAUCGCCACCUCCCCAGAAGCCCAUGUCUCCUCAAGUUCCAAAGCCACCCCUCCCAGCACAACUCCCCUCUUCUCUUCCUAAGAGCUCCUCCACAGCCCUGCCUAGACCACCUCCACCUACCGUUAGACCCUCAUCUCCACCUCAACCCAGACCACCUCCACCGGUAGUCCAAAAACCACCAGUACCCACAUCUCCAGUGAGCAAGACCAAUAAACCGAUUCCUCCUGGUAUCAGCAUCCUGGAGAAGCUGAUAAAGACUUGUCCAGUGUGGCUUCAACUGGGAAUGAAGCAGGACAAAGCCAAGAAUAUACUGAGCAAGGAGUUUCCUGGGAUCUUUUUAGUCAGGAGGGAUGCAAGUCAAAAAACGAUGAUACUUGCUGUACGGCUUUCCGACCAGUUGGGGGAGCCCCAUGUCAAAGAACUGCCUAUAAAGGAAGAAAAGUCCUUGCUAUACCUUGAAGGGUCUGUGCUGGUGUUUGAGAACAUUUUUAAACUCAUUGCUUUCUACUGUGUUAGCCGGGACAUCCUUCCUUUUCCUCUGAAGUUACCUCAGGUCAUUCAAAAGGUAGCUAAAUAUGAGGACAUGGAGGUGAUCUCUUCUCUAGGAUCAGAGUUCUGGAACUCAGCUCUGAAUAGUCAUGAGGAAAUGGAAAGCAUUGCUGGUAGCUGUGGUGCUCUGGACAGGCAGGGGCAAAGCAGCUCCUGUGAAAUCCAGAUUUCCAUCGGCAGUGACCGGCUGUGGUACGUCAACCCAAUUUUCAUUGAGGAAUGCAGCAACAGCUUGCCAACCACCUCUUCUGCCCCUGUUUUGAGGACCCAGAGUCUUAACACACCAGUCCAGGUUCCUCCCAAAUACAAACGGCCACCACCCGUACGUCCUCGUCCACCCAGUGCACCUGAUUGUUCUCAAAACUGCGCAUUAGCCAAGCCUUCAAAAGGGGAGUUCAAGACAGUUCUCAGUUCUCCUCCCCCUUCAGUCCAGAAAGGGGAAGGAAGUGACUGUGAGCGUGCAGACAGAGAGCAAGAGAGACAGGGAACUCCUGCCUCAAGCACUGAGCGUGGAAAGCCAGCUGUCUUACAGCCAGCUCAGGGCAAAGAAGGAAAACAGCUUUCAAAUACAGCUUCACAUCGAGUUCCUCCAAUACCAAUCCGACGGAGGCUAUCUGAAAAGCAACCUUCAGAGGAAGCAACGCAGCAGGAAGUCCACACCAGCACCUCCACAGAAGCAGAGGACAAUAUUCUUCAAGUCCCGGUAGCAUCCCUCAUUUGCCUUGAUGACAGUAUGGAAGAAAGGGACAAGCCUAUGGAUCCAGAGCCUCAGCAACUACAAGAAGUGCCAGUGGAAGAAUCUAAGGUAACAAAUGGAGCUCCAACAGUGGUAGCACCUCAACCAAAGAAGCCUAAUGCUCCAGUGGCACCUCCCAGGAAGAAAAGAUUGUCUCAGAAUCUGACCGGACAAGUCUCAAACAGCACUGUAAACUCACUUACGCCAAUUCCUCAAGAGUCCACUGUUCCUUUAAAUUCAAGCAGCCCCAGUCAAAUCCGCCACUCGCUCUGCAUCAGUGCUGGUCAUCCCAAAGUCUCGGAUGUUUCUCUAUACUCUCCUGAGGGUGGAGCUCCACCAGACCAUGACUCCUACUCAACCAGCAGCACGGAGGAGGAGGCAGAUGCCAUUGCAGCAACAGGUACUGCCAUCAAGAGGACCCCAACAAUCAUGUUAGACCGUGCAAAGCAACGACUGUCAAUGGUGUCUAUGGCAAACCUCUCCAAUGUGCUCACGGGCUUUAUGAACGCAGACCGUAAAUUGCAGAAGCGCAUCGUAGAAAUGUCCAGGGAUGGAAACACAUACUUCGGGAACCUUGUUAAGGAUUAUCGAGCUUUCACUUUGGACACCAUGCGAAAACACACCUCCAGCACAGAGAUGCUCCAAGAGAUCAGGCAGAUGAUAACCCAACUAAAAAGCUAUCUGAUCCAGAGCGCAGAGCUGCAAAAUCUACAGGAAGCAGCUGGAUACUCUGAGGAAAAACUGGAGAUCAUUAUUGAAGCAGCACUAUGCAAAAGUGUCCUGAAGCCCAUACGAGAGGCUGUUUAUAACGGACUGAAGGAUAUCCACUCCCGUUCAGGAAAUUUGAAGAAGCUAAAAGAAAACCAGCAAGUGGUUCAGGGGACGACCACCACAGACCUAGGGGUCACCACCAGUGUUCCCGAAAUGACCGUUAUGGAGAAAAUUCAAACAAAGCUCGGCAACCUGCACCAAGAGUAUUCACCUCAGAAGAAGAUCGACCUGCUCCUCAAGACCUGCAAAAUCAUCUAUGAAUCCAUGUCUGUGGGCUGUCCAGGAAAGGCUCACGGGGCUGAUGAUUUCCUGCCCGUGCUGAUGUACGUCUUGGCUCGCUGUAACAUCAGCGCUCUGCUGCUGGAUGUGGAGUACAUGAUGGAGCUAAUGGAUCCGGCACUGCAGCUCGGAGAGGGUUCGUAUUAUCUCACCACCACUUAUGGAGCUCUGGAGCACAUCAAAAAUUUUGAUAAACAAGCUGUGACCAGACAGCUGAGUUUGGAGAUCCAAGACUCCAUCCAUCGUUGGGAGCGCCGCCGCACCCUAAACAAAGCAAGAGCAUCACGCUCCUCUGUACAGGACUUCAUUAACGUGUCCUUCCUGGAGGCUGGAUCCAACACCAAGACCCUGGGAUUGCGUCCCAACACUACCGCUCAGGACCUGUGCAAUCAAUGUGCGGAGAAGUUUGAUGUGUUGGAUUCUGAGUCCUAUUGCCUAAGCGUGCUAGUGGAUGGUCAUUACAAGCCUUUGGCCCCCGAGGAGUUUCCUCUCACCAUCAAAUCCACCUUGCACCACAGCGAGCCACGUAAGGAAUAUUAUUUCGUCUACCGCCACGGUCGCUGGCCAGAACAAGAGUCUGUAGAUGAGACGCCAUCUACAGCAACACCUGAAGAGAGUUUGAUAUGAACUAAUGCAUUUGUAUGUGUGUGCAAGUGAUAGGUAGGUCUUUAUCAGAGGGUUUGAGCUGCUUGAAUGUACAACUUUAAUUUACGAAAGAAUGUAAGUGGUGCACAAGAAUGUAAGCUGACAUUACGAAGCCUAACCACACAGCAGAAUGUGCUAUUUACCCAGGGAAAUUAUAUGAAUACAAAAACUGGCUUACAAGUGACUGGCAUUUGCUUUAAAAUGUGCGCUGGAAAGGACCAGGACUCGAAUUCGUAAAUUUGUUAUGAAAAGAUCUAAUAUUUUUCUCCUAAAAAGCCUUGCGCGAGAAGCCUUCAUUAUAUACAUUUUUUCGAGAUUCAAGAAUAUCUGCACACACACAGAUACAUCCUUCACCUUAGUUAGCUUUUACUUGAGCAGAUCUGUUGUUCCCAAGCGUUACACAGUCCUUGAAAGUUUUAUGAUUUACAAAUGAAACUUUAUCUUUUCAACAAUGCAAAUCUUUUCACAUCUCAGGGCUCAGCAGAUUGUGACUCAUACCCUGUUUCGGUGCUUAUUUCUUCAUUUAUACGUUUCUUACAGCAAUGCAUCUUUACAGACCUUGAACUGGUUGUGCACCUGCAUUGCUCUCAUAUUAUAUACUGCCAUACAGAUAUGCUGUCUGUGUUAUAUUUUAUUCACAUUUUGGUUCACUGUUGUUGCAUUUUAUAUCACAACAUAUACAAUAGUUUAGGCAUAAGCUAUGGUUUUGUGGCAAAUUAUUUUAAGCAGCAUGAAUGCAUAUGUAUCACACAAUAUGCGACUGUUUCAGUCAGCACAACACUUGUCAAACCAAAGAUUGGUGUUUGUUAUAUUAAAAAUGUAUACUGGUAAUAAAUACUUUUUACUUUA